GUGUGUGAGACAGAGAACUGAACAAAAAGGAAUUCUCCCGUCACUCCAACAAAACUGACUCCAAUCCGACCAAUGUAACAUUGGACAUAUUGGACCUUGGUCGGUCUGGAGUGCGAUUGUGGCAGAAAAUUCAUAAGAACUAAGGUUGCACAUUUUUAUCUUAUACGGCUUAUUUCUUAAUCCGGAUGUAAAUUUCGAAGAAGAAUGAAUUUAAUCCGUUAAUAACAGAUAAAAGGAAGGCCAGAUAAUAUCCUUAAUAUAGCAUGAUGAAGCGAGUCAUUCGUUGCAUUUAUCUGCAGUAGUGAAGUACUCUGGAUAGUCAUAGCACGCAUUAUUUCAUUCGCUUUUAUUUUUGAUAUCCAUGGCAACGCCUGGCUCAUUGUUUGCCAGUUUGGCAGCAUGCUUCUUCAUUGUGACGUCAUCGCUUCCUAUUGAUGAUGUGAGCCUCAAUUCGUCUCCUAGCAUUGUCAACUUUCUUGGUGUUGGCUAUAACAUACUCUCAGGCAACCCGGAUGGCGGUGACGUCACAAACGGUGAAGUCGACCCAGGACUGUUGAUGACGAGGCGGAUUCUAGACAUGACGUAUGGCAACGGUGAGCUCUCAUUGGACGGCCGAUAUCAGAUACCUGAUCAGGUGACUGUUACACCACGUGACAGCUGCACACAGGACAGUCACGUGUUCCACAAUACAAGAACAUACCAGGAAAAGCAGGAGAAAGAUGUUGAGCUUGACGAUGAGCUCAGAAAGUUGUUCGCCGGUUUCCAGUUUUCAAAGAGCGAAUACUAUCAAUCUAUUCGAGAGAGCGGCGAGAAAAAGAACUUCGUUUACUACGGAGAAGAAUCCGUUUGCAGCCUUGGCGAGGCACGAUACAAGAACGAGCUGGCUGAAGCUGACAGAUUUCCUCUUUCAAGAUCGUUUGUCAUCGACGCGUGCGCACUACCAGCCUAUUCCAAAAUGGCGGAUUACAGGUCAUUCUUGGAUAAAUGGGGAACUGGUGUGGUCGUUGAAGUUGAGGUCGGUACGAAGUUUAUUAAGCGAUUCAGGUCAUCUGACGCCGACUUUGUAAAGCACAUUAGUAAAAAGUAUCCGGAAGCGCUAAAGUCUGGCGGUGGUUACGAGGGAUAUUCCAGUUCUGUGGUUGUAGACAUAGAUGCCAUCUCGUCAAAGUUCGAUAGCUCGGAUUUCUUCGGAGAGCACUCGGAGACGCUCCACAUCGGAGGACAUGACCGACUGGAACCAAUCCGUGUCAAGGUCAUAGGCAUUCAAGAGAUCUUUACAGAUGUCUUUUGGCAGCUGUUGGAUGAAUACGUAACAGAUGGACUUUGUGACGUCACUUUCAAAACCCGGAUGACGGGGGUACGCAAUAACAUCAGACGUGCACUGGAACAGUUCGCCGGUUGGAACAACGCUCAAAUGGCAAAGGACCCUGUGAUACAGGUUCCCCUGACGUGGCCCUAUGGUACCUACACCCUUCCCAUGCCUAAGGUUGGAUGCCCCGUCGCACAUUUCUACUGGAGAACAGGCUCACGCUUCCAGGACACCGAGAAGUACUUACCCAACAACUACUGGUCCGACCCAUGCCAUCUGCAGGGUCCUUACCACUUCUACAACGUCGAGCAGAACUUCUGUUCCAAGACCGUACCUGCAGAGGAUGACUACGACUGGGAGUGGCCUCAGGGAGAAUACUGCAUCCUGAAGAAGGGCACCGAGUGUCCCUCAGGAUUUGACGAAGGCUGGGUCCUCUGGGAUGACAGCGACGUCCUCAAUUCCAACCGAGCUACAGGUGAGCUCCCCGAGGGCGAGUACGAUCGCGACACCCUGAUGUACUUCUGCUGUCGUGAAGACGGUUCAGCCUCGACCGAAGUCUUCCUCCCGACCGACGACAACUUCUUCCUUUACCAGAAAGCUUCGACUUGCCAACAGGUGUUUGGGAUGAGUGUUAACGAGGAGUUCUUCCGGUGGGACGGCGAGGACGAUCGCGUGGUGCUUAGGGACUACGUUGGUGGAAGUACACCUUAUAACACCGGUGAGGACAGCGAUCAUAAGAUACACUACUGCUACUACUACACCGGUGAGAUGGACUAACACGGAAGUAUUGACAUCGGACUAUGGGAGUGCACCAUUGGCUUGGGAGACAACAUGGUGACCAUGGGCCUACAAUAGAAAGUUUACGCAACCGCAACGGGAUUGAUUCAGGAACACUGUAAAUGUAUUAACAAUGCCCGUAAAAUGACAAAGAACCGCUGGUAGGUCUUUGUCGAAAAUUGGUGAACCGGAACAGCAGUUUCGUCCUUCGUUUGGGAGCUGACGAAAAAUUGCGAAUUAUGUCGUUUGCAAGGAGUCCAGAACGAAACUGCUGUUUUGAUUUACCACUUUUCGACAAAGUCUUCGUUGUUUUUAUUUGUUAUGAGGGGCAUUUGACAAUUUGCUAUGUUCUUAAAUCUGUCAUGCGUCAUGCUGGAGCGAAAAUUAAGGGGUUUUAAGAAAUUGAUCGAAUAUCAAUAUGAACUAAUGUUAACGCAAAACCAUCAACAGGAUCAUACAUAAUUAGAUGUGCAAUAUUGAUAAACAGUGGCGUAACUACGUAACCCCCCCCCCCUCCCCCAAUCGGCUGGCAAAAAAGGGGGGAGAAAAGAAAGAGAAACGUAGUGGGGGAAGAAGAAAUUAUUGUUUAUUAUAUCAAUAUUCAAUAUUUGAUUAGUGAGAUGUGUAUCAUGAUCGCAUCAUUUGGUUAGUGAAAUACGUAACUAUGGUCUUAAUGAAUUCCUACAAAUAAAGCCUUCUUAAGGUCUGAAUUAAAAAAAUUGUCAGCUCGCGCUUUGCUUUCUCAAUAUUUGAUGAGUCAGAUAUGUAUCAUGUUCAUGAUUAAAAUGACUACAAAAAGUGUUUCAUGGGUUAGGCGUAAUUCUAACAAAAUCAGCAAGCGCCUUGCAUUAGAUGACCAUGGUGAGAUAUUAUGUACGCUCUUCAUGAAUUCCUAAAAAAUUGUCCUUAAAAUGUAUUUUUUGGGGGGUAAGUCUAUACAAUAAAUGUCAGCUCGCGCUUCGCUCUCGCAUUGUUUGUUUUGUGAGAGAGGUAGGCCUACGUAUCAUGAUUACAAAACUUUGCUUAUAAUGUCCUCUUUUAGGUCUAAAUUAAAAAAAAAUUCAGCCCCCCAAAUGCCGUGACCCACGGUACGCCACUGUUGGUAAAGGUGUAUCACAACUUAUCUUUCUGUAUCCAGUCAUUAAAUUAAAAAAUGCACUUCA